AUGAUAGCCAAAGUGGCGGCCUCCGCUGCACAGCUGCUGGUGGCCGCGUUGGCUCAACUUGUCACUCUGCAGACCUGGGGGCUCUACCUCUGUCACGAUCUGCUGACACAGGCUGCUGGGCAUGCGGGCAAGGGCGUGACAAACUGCCUGCGCCGCGGGCUGGCGCUGCUGGUGGGUGGCGACCUUGCCGACGAGCUGGCCUUCCUGUCGUAUGCACCCAGAGCUGCGGCCGGGCUCAGCGCCACCGCCGCCACCGCCUUCCACGGCAAGUCGCCGUGGACGGCGCUGGCGCUGCUGGACCUGGGGGCGCUGUGUGCGGUGCUGUGGCGCCACAAGGCCGCUCAUGCCGAGGCGGCUGCGGCUGCCAGCGUGCGGCGGGCGGCGGCCGACCCCGCCAACACAGCCACCAGUCGCUGCCAGGGGGAUGGAGACGCCGAGGUGGCGCUGCUGCGCUGCGCUGCGCUGCACUCCAAGGCAGCGUAUGGGGCGCCUGCGGCCAGCGGCCACGUCUCCUCUGCAGCGGGAUACGCUGUGGUGCUGACGCUGCAUCAGGCCACGCGAAAGGCGCCGCGCCGCAUCCCGGCUGCCUCGCACCUCAGCGCCGUGCAGCAGCUGACGGGCUGCCCGCCCGGCGACGUGCUGGCGGCGCAGUGGCAGGCACACCUGCACCGCCCCGCCUUCUACGCUGCCAUCGACCGCCAGCGCCGCUGUGUGGUGGUCGCCAUCCGCGGCACCCUGCAGCUGGGCGACUUCUGUACAGUGCUGGACGCUCGGCCGGCGGCGGCAGUGCUGGGCGGCGUCAGCGGCCACGUGCACGCGGGCUUCCUGGCCGCGGCGCGCAGCCUGCUUCCCCAGGUGGCGGCGGCACUGUCCGCCGCUGCACACGCCUGCCCAGGCUGGCCGGUGCUGCUGACAGGGCACUCCCUCGGCGGCGGCGUGGCGGCGGUGCUCACCAUGCUGCUGCUGGAGGGCGGCGGGCUGGCGCAGGAGGAGCAGGGCUGGCGCCGGCUGGGCGAGCUGCGCUGUGUGGGCAUCGGCGCGGCGGCCGCCUGCUGCCAGCAGCUGGGCAUGGCGUGCAAGCAUCACAUCACCUCGGUGCUGUAUGGCGCCGACUGCCUGCCCAUGUUUUCGGUGCUGGGGGCGCGCAUGCUGAUUGCCGAGGUCCAUGCCAGCAGCAGGGCCGCAGAGGUGGUGGGCUCCCUGCUCCGCGCCGCGCGCUUGGCCCCUGGUGGCCGCGGCGGGGCCGGUGUCAGCGCCAGCCUGGCCCGCACCGCCAGCGCCAGCAGCGCCAGCAGCACCACCAGCAGCGUUAUGUGUGAGGCGGCAUGCGGAGCUGGGGGCUGCCGCGGCCUGUGCAGCGCAGGCGCAGCGGCAGACAGCGCCUCGGAGCUGCUGGAGAUAGAGGAGGCGGCAGCAGCGGCAGCGCAGCCCCCCCACGGCGGGCGCCACCGGCGCGGCGGCAGCAGCACGUGGAGCAGCGCCAGCGGCGCCAGCAUCGCCGCCUUUGCCGCCGACCACGGCGGCUGCGAGGGUGGGGAGGAGGGCGUCGCAAUGGGCUUGGUGCCCCUCUACCCGCCGGGCAAGAUUCUGUGGAUGCUGCCUGCGACUGGCGGCGGCGGUAGCAGGGGUGGCACCGUGCUGGGCCUGUACCAAAUGGACCAGACCUCCUUCCGCCGCUUUGUGGUCACGCUGGAGACAGCCGCGCACCACCUGCCCGACUCCUACAUCUCAGCUCUGGACAGGCUGGACGGCGGCCCGCCUACAGCCCCCUCCCACCCUUGA